CGUUUCUACAAAAGAGAUUUAAGGGACAACCAAUGGCGUAAAAAUUAUCACACGGAAAUACAAGUAAUUAAAUCAAUUAAAUAGCAAACAUUUUCAGAACAGGCGUAAUAAUAUUGCACGACGAAUUCUGUGACUGUCGAAAUAUUAAGUGUUAAGGUUUCAGUUUUUCACAAAGUGGAAGCCAUCGAAACACAUUGCAGGUUCUUCAUUGUUGCUGUGUGGCACUAUACUUAAAGUUUUAAGGUACAUACAAGUAUAAAAAGUGUUUCUUUAUAUACAGAAAGAUUAAAAAUGUUGCAAAAUCAAUGAUUUAAAAUGAAACUGUCAGGGUAUUAUAUCACCAUAGACGGAGCAGUUCCUUAAAGGCAGUAAUGGCUGUCAAGGGGCUGGUAGCAGCAAUUGUUCAAUUCUUAACCCAACAAUUAGAAGAAGGUGAUAUUACAGCAGAUUCUCGAGAGAGCCUUGAAGUAGCAAUACAGUGUUUAGAAAGUGCUUAUAAUGUACAAGCAUCUGAUACUCCAACAAAUUUUAACUUAUAUGAAAUAUACAAGUCUUCCAUCGAAAAUGCAAAGCCCAAUUUAGCUCCAGAAGCUACUCCAGAAGCAAAAACUGAAGCUGAAAGAUUAAAAAAUGAAGGAAAUGCUCUCAUGAAAGCUGAAAAACAUCAAGAAGCUCUCACUAAUUAUACAAAAGCAAUUCAAUUAGAUGGUCGUAAUGCAGUAUAUUAUUGUAACCGUGCUGCAGCAUAUAGUAAAAUUGGCAAUUAUCAACAAGCAAUUAAGGAUUGCCAUACUGCAUUAUCCAUUGAUCCUUCGUAUAGUAAAGCAUAUGGACGAUUAGGUUUAGCAUAUUCUAGUCUCCAAAGACAUAAAGAAGCUAAAGAAAGUUAUCAGAAAGCUUUGGAAAUGGAACCUGACAAUGAAAGUUAUAAAAAUAAUUUACAAGUAGCAGAAGAAAAAUUAGCUCAGCCAAACAUGAGCAAUAUGGGAUUAAGUGGAGGUACAUUGCCAGGCAUGGAUCUCAGUUCACUCCUAAGUAACCCUGCUCUUAUGAACAUGGCCCGUCAGAUGUUAUCUAAUCCAGCACUUCAAAACAUGGUGAGCAAUUUUAUGAGCGGUCAAGUAGAACAAGGAGGACAUAUGGAUGCUCUUAUAGAAGCUGGUCAACAUUUUGCUCAACAAUUACAAAAUGCGAAUCCUGAAUUAAUUGAAUCCUUAAGAAGGCAAAUGGGAGGAAAUCCAAAUGAUCCAGAUCCACCACAACAAAAUUAAGAAAUCUAUGAUUAUGAUAUAUUUUGAAAAUUCCACAUAAAAUGAAUAUAACUAAAUUUAAUUGGAACACAUACAUAGUUACAGAACAGUGUGUAUCAUUUUUAAUAUGAAAAUGUGAAAAAUGAUGACUAAGAUUAACUUACAUUAUCACUAUCUUAAAAUGAUAUUCAUAUACAUAUACUAUACAAAUUUUCCUAUGACUGAAUUAUUGAACAGAACAUGAUAAUUUGUUUUUUGGAUGUGUGCUGAUGAUGUUUGAUAUGUGAAGAUUAAAUAAUAAAUGUUAUAAUAUAGAAUAUAGUGAAUAUUUCGUGAAUGAGAUAGAUAUUCCAACAUGUACUGUGUUGCUUUCUAUGUCUUACAACAUCGCUUUGAAUCUAUUCUAACUGAUUUGUAUAGUACAAUACAUUUUCUUACUUACCAUAAAAAUAAUUUCUGUUUGAUAAAUUACUACGUUUUAAAAAUUAAAAAGAAAUUAUGUUUUUUACCACCUACUUUAAUGAUAGUUAUUUUGUUUUAAAAUUGGAUAUGAAAGUAUCAGAAAAUUCAAAAUAUUUAAAAAGUUAUAAUGUUAGCUACCUUUACAAUGAAAAAUGUACAUAAUUAAAUACAUUCUAAAUACGUAACAAUCAUAUUAUUAAAUACUUUCAAAAUAUAUUUUCUGUAUCAUUUCUUCAAUUAUUUCGCAACUAGUAUUAUAUAUAAUGUAGAAAUGUUAUUAAAAGAAAUAAUCACUAUGAAAUAAAAAAUACAUUUUUAAUCCAAUAA